UUAUGAAACUGAUGACUAUAUACUACAAGACAAUUACCAAGAUUAUGAAACUGAUAACUAUAUAUCAAAAUUAAACUUGAAGGAAGAAAUAAUAUUUACUAGUUUCAACUAUUAUAGAGAAUCAUCAAUUA